AUGUCGUCACGUACAUCAAAUAAUUCAGAAGAGUUAAAUGAAUUAGAUUGGAUUCGUGUACGUACUAAAUUGAAUGAUGAAUAUAAAUUUGAAACACUUAGAGAAAAAAUGAUGCGUAAAGUAAAACAAAAUCCUAUAAUACCUUUGGGUAUUUUAGCAACUACAAGUGCUCUUUGUUAUGGUAUAUAUUCUUUUUAUGUGGGAAAUACUAAAAUGUCUCAAUUCAUGAUGCGUACUCGAGUUGGAGCACAAAGUUUCACUAUUUUAGCUAUCAUUGGUGGUUGGAUUAUUUUAGGAAGAAAAAAUAAUUAAUGUAUUAUCAUUAAUUUAUUUAUUUAAUGAUUAUUAAUUAAAUAAUCAAAUAUAAAUUAAAUCUAUUGAAUGAUAAAUACAAUUGUAUAUUCAACUGUAGUUUUUAUUUUAAUUUUUAUUUAUAAUCUAAUUUAAUAAAAUAUAAUCUAAUUAAUAAAAAAUAUGUUUUAUAAAUUAACAUUAAAAUUAUUUGAAUAUUAAUAUUUCAUAUUAUGUAAAUAUCUAUGAUGAAAUUCAUUAGAAAAAUGUAUAUAAGAAUUUAAUGAAUUGAAUAAAGUUUGAAGUGUAAAAAUGUAUCAUUAA